AUGGCGUCUCAUGCGGACUACAAGGACAGACAGUUCUUAGCUGUAAUUGGAGACGAGGACUCAGUCACAGGCUUGCUAUUAGCAGGAAUAGGUCAUGUCACGAACCCUCCGGACUCCCAGAAGAACUUCCUAGUUGUCGACAACAAGACAGAGACAUCAGCUAUCGAAGCUGCCUUUGAGUCAUUUACGACAGAGCGUAAAGACAUCGGUAUCGUAUUGAUUAACCAGCAUAUCGCCGACAAGAUCAGAUAUCGAAUUGAUACCUACACAUCUGCCUUUCCUACCAUACUCGAAAUCCCCAGCAAAGAACAUCCGUAUGACCCUGAGAAGGACAGCGUGCUAAGAAGGGUGCGACGUCUCUUUGGAGAGUAA